AUGGCCGACUUUUCCCCCCUCGACCGCGAUCUCGCCGCGAGCAAUAGCCCGCCUCUUGUAGAUGCCCGCCUGACAGAGCGUCUCUCAGAAGACCCCCCCGAACACGCCACUAUUCGCCUCCCCUACAGAUUUGCGCCUGUCACACCCGGUUUAUUGGACUCGCCUCCUGCGCAAGGCGCCCGUAUCAGCCCCGACGCGAAGCUAUUCCAAGAGCCCGACUCUCCUUUUGUGCCUCCCGCCCGACCGAGUAGCACACCCUACCCUUUCGUUGACACCAGGGAGACCGCAUGCUCCAGCACAUCGGAUUUCUCCCUCGCCCUUGGCUCACAAAAUGUUUCCAUCCCCCCAGCGGUCGAUGACCCUCGGGACCGGAGUCGACCAGCUACGCACUUCACGAGAGUCCCGGUCGAGGUCCACGAAGUCAUUCUCGACCAUCUAUUUGGAGUCUGCGCGCCCAUCUCCUUGAGAGCUGGUCUAUGGUCCCCCAGCUCAGCGAGAGGCUUAGGUAGGGCGCCGCGCUCCUCGAGAAGACGAGAAACGACACAGUUGGCCCUUAUCAACUCCACCUGGCGAGUCUUGGUUCAGAAGCGACUAUACCGCCACAUCAAGUUGAAAGGCACACUCAGCUCCAUCGACCAGGCUAUUUCUCACUUUGCUGGUCCCGGUCAGCGUCUUGCCAACUACGUCAAGCAUAUCGAAAUUUGGUUCCCGGUAUUCCAGCCCCGUUACCCGCAACAGGCAAUCUCUCCGUCACCUGUACUGCCUGUCUUUCGAAGUGAUGGCGGCUUGCCGUUUGCCAUCUACACCCUACCAGGGGACAAUUGCACCCUGCAAGAUGUGUUUCAAUUCGUUUCCCUUGCCUUACCUUGUACCAAGAUCCUUACGCUCGAGGGUGGUGAGCGUCGAAAAGCGCCCAAGGUCGUGCACUCCCACCAUCAUAACCGCCACGGCCUCGACUACGGGCCAAUAUUACCUAUUGUGAGCUCGGUGACAACCCUCGUCACCAAAGGUCAAUGGAACCUGAUGCGGGACAACCAUGAUUUUGUCUCCAUUCUCGGUGCCCUACCCAAUAUAGAGGAAUGGCGAGGCGCUUACAGCAAGCCCAAGUCGAAAAGCUACAUUACUAUUUCUCAAUUUCUGCCGUACAUCCCGGCAGGCAUCAAGCACCUCAGCCUGUGUCUUGAGAAUGACUACAGGCGAGAGGCUGUUGUGCCUGCCUUCUUUGCCAAGGCGUCCCGUCAAGCGCACAUCUGCACUGUCCUAGCGAAGAUUGUGCCCAGCCUCGAACGGUUUUCCUACACUGGCCGUGUUUGCCAUCAAUUUUUCCAAGUGGCUAGUCAGAGCGCAUUUGCAUCUUCCAGUCGACUGCGCUCAAUCGACCUGACUCUCAAAAAUUGCUGUCGUCACUCCAACAUCUUCUCUGACUCUGGCUCCGGUAUCCAGGAUAAGGGCUUUAUCGCUGCCUUUGAAAGGCUCGUCAUCUCCGCCGUCAAAUCACUGGCGCAUUUCCACCGUGUCGAAUAUAUGAGAAUUCGAUUUGUUGAUCUAGACUCGGCUGUACCUGGGUUGAACCCUUACUUUCUGUUCCAGCACGGCGAAUGCAGCGGAGUUUGGAGUGACAAAAUUAUCAACGAGAUGGCUAAAGCUCGCCCAGGCAGCAAGUUUCCCGAGUUGAGCGAGAGCUUUGGCAACAUAUCUUACACAAAAGAAGGGCGACUUAUCGUCCCACCCGAAUUGUCGCGCACGCGCAUGACUUCGAUCAAGAUUGCCAACUACGAAAUAUUUGAGAACCGCGUAAUCGCUGUUUAA